AUGCCCCUUCGAGCACGCCAUCACGGAGCCCAUCUACUCGCGCCGCGACUUCGAGCGCAAGGAGCGCGAGGACGUCUUCGGCGGCCCCGGCGAGUGGGACAACGCCGACAAGGCGCGCGCCCAGUGUCCCAAGGAGGGCUGCAACGGCGAGGAGGCCGCUUUCUUCCAGGUGCAGAUCCGCAGUGCCGACGAGCCCAUGACGACGUUUUACAAGUGCAUGACUUGCGGAAAUCGGUGGAGAGAAAACUGAUAUGGAGGAGGGAGGUUGAUCAUUUCACGGUGCAUUGCGAGGCGUUGGGUGGGGAUGUUUGGGUUUACUUGGUUUCGUUUGAUAUCCGUGAUCUUUGA